UGGCAAAGGAGGGGACAUUAUGACAUUACGGCUUGUCUUGCAACCUUUGCUCACUAGGUUUCUUUAUUUUGGCAAAAGGAGUGGAAGAGGAAGGACACAAAAGAACGAUGGGCCAGUGGAGCUGCAUCAUCUCUGUGGCAUUUUUUCUCUUUGAAGCUUUCAUCAGAGAUGUGCAUGCUGCUACUCUGUCUGAUGUUGGGGGACAAAAAAGCUCACAGAGGCAUCUUCUGAUGGAGGAAGACUAUCCUCCCUACAGCACCAACAGUUCACAGAAUGCAAGUGCAACCAACCCAGACACAAGCCCAAAGACGCUGGAGUGGUCCUAUUUGGCGGCGGCACUGGGCACGCUCCUCACCCUGUCGCUCCUCAUCGUGAUGGCUGUCAAGUGUCGCAUUUUCCACCGCUUUCUGGCCAGCUACAGGCACUCCCUCCUCCAGGAGGCUGACGGGACCAGCCAGUACGGGCAAGAGGAGGUGUAUUUCCCCAACAGCGUGUCCGGCCGACUCGGGGUGGUUGGACGGACCCAGAGUAGGCCCGAUGAAGACGACGACGGCUUCAUUGAGGACAACUACAUCCAGACCUGCGAGAAGGACAGGGCAGACAGAGAGAGGCAGGUAGAGGAGGGUGGGAUGGAGGAAGACAGCGACGAAGAGCUUCACUUCAGUAUAGGCUGAUUAGAUGAAGUUUAGAUGAAAAAAACAAAACAAACACAUGGUUCACUAAUGAAUGAGAGAGAUGCAGAGAGAUUUUGGGGCAGUGAAGAAGAAACUCAGAACAUUUCUGAGUUGAGAGCUCUUAAAAUGAAUCAAUACAAAGAAAUGCUGAGAGGAGAAAAUACUUUUUUUUUAAGUUAGAAUCUGUCCUCUUUUUAUUUUUAUUUUUUUAUCUCAAUAUAACCUGAAUAUAAGAGUUUCCUCUGCACAGCAGGUGUAUGAUGUUUGUUUCAAGCUUCUUGGAUGUUUAAAUACACAGUGGGUUCCAACCACAAAAGCCUUUUCGGAUGAGAUAACGGCAAAGAAUGAAAUUAUAUUACACUGAGAUAAAAGUCGACUGCACCUUGCUGAUCAACAUUUGAUUCGCCAAUUCCACGUAUGAAAAUCUAUGAAACUUUUACCUCACAUAUUAAAUACGUUUCUUACACUGAUAUCAUGUUAUGUAUGUACAUUGUAUGUCCAGCAAGAAUCCUAGAAAACUGGCACAUGUGGUUUUCCUCCUAACUGAGAGUAUCUGAGAGCAGAAGCCAGUAACUGGUAUAAAUAAAACAUUCACUCAUUCACUUACCUUUGGUCCACUUAAUUAUGUUUUGGAUGUGGUCUGAAUACUGUGUGUAGUAAUGAAUGAUUUCACUGAACGUGCACUUCAUGAAUAAAUUCAUCAGUCCUGAAA